CUGACAGCUGACGUUUUCGAUUGUUUAUUUUUAUAAAAUUGUCAACAAAAAGUCUCACAUAUUAUAGUGGGGAAAUAUAGCAAUUAGAAAAUGACCGUAAAUAAUAUAGACAAACUGGCUGAAGAACUUGAAAGGCAAGAGCUUGAGGCCCCAACAGGUAUUGCUAGCCCCCAAGUUUAUUCUCAGCUGCUAGCCAUAUAUCUCUACCAAAAUGAUUUACCCAAUGCUAAAUUUCUAUGGAAAAGAGUGCCGGCAAGCAUUAAGGCAAGCACACCUGAACUGGCUCAAAUUUGGGCUGUUGGCCAGCACUUGUGGAAAAGUGAUUUCUCAUUGGUGUACAAGACACUUAACUCAGUAAAUUGGUCAGAAUCUGUUGCUGAAAUAAUGUCAAAUGUGCAAGUCGUUGUGCGUCAAAGGGCAGUAGAACUCAUUUCCAAAGCAUACUCCUCGAUAACCCUGGAGAAUGUGCAAGAAAUGACUGGACUUUUACCUGACGUGUGUGUUCAGGCAUGCAUUGAAAAGGGCUGGGGAGUGGAUGCAGAUACAAAAAUGGUUUAUCCAGUAAGGGAAGUUAAAGAAAUGGGGGCGCCUCCUAGUAGUGAAGAUCAAUUAUAUAAAUUAACAGAUUUUGUAUCAUUUCUGGAAAAUUAAGGCUAUAAAUUUAUUAAUAAUUUUUAAGGUUGUGUAAUAAAUAUUUAUGUAAAAAUUUA